AUGCAACUUCACGAUGGACCCUCUAACAAGCACACCAAGGUACAACAAAUCAAACUGCGCCCAAUCACCAAGGAAUCCAAGGGCAAAAUGAGGUGUGCUCUUUGCAUGGCAUACAGCCACUCAGAUGAAUCUGAAGUUGACGAGGGUAAGAAGGUGGACAUUAUGAUCGCCAAGAGUGCUGUCUCCCCUGGUUUGAUCAAUGCCCCUACAGAAACAUCACAGGAAGACUUGACCAAGGAAUUGCACGACGAUAGGCCAACAGUAGAUCAGCAGGAACCGCCUCAGAUUGCCAAUCCUGUUGAGGAUCUUCCUGAUGCCACUCACAACUCUCAUGACCCCCACGACCCUCUGCCAGAGCCUGUCCAUCAUGACCCUUGUGAGGGUGUCCAGCAAGACCCUCACAAGAAUGACCCUCCACACAACCCACAGGAACCUCAUCAGGAGGUCGGUGACCCUCUUCACAACCUCCAUGAGCUUCACCAUGAGGUCAUCUCUGACCGUCGUAACAACCAUCAUGAGGUUGACCCUCUUCGAGAACUUUAUCAGGAGGUCAUCCCUGAUCGUGACGAGGGUGACCCUCCUCAGGAAUAUCAUCAUGAGGUUAUCCCUGACUGUCGCGACAAUCCUCAUGAAGGUGACCCUCUUCGCAACCCCUGCGAGCCUCGGGAUACUUUCUGUCAUGACCCUCGCAAUCCCUUGCCUGACCCUCGGCAACCACUUUGUGGUCAUUCUGGCGAGCCAUGGUACAUGCAGGAUGCCAUGCGCCAUGAUCAUGAACUUCAUCAUCUGCAUGAAGAUAAUCCUAUUAUCAAUAGUGAUGCUCUUCACCCACGCGAUGCCUUCUACUACCAUGACACUCACAACCUCCAUUAUACUAGUUUGCAAACUCCCGACCAUUAUGGACCCAAUGAGCCUCGUACUGACAUUGAAUUCACUGGGCGGGAUAGUUCUCCAGCCUUGGAAUUACACCACGAUGCCCAUUAUGCUCAUGUCCUGUGCUUGGUCCCGACUAUGCUCGGGAAGGUGAAUAUGCUUGACAUGAUGACCUUGACGAGCAACGGGCAUUUGGUGGAGGAGCUUACCAUGACAGUGGGUACCCACAAGCCAGGGCUCGUUACCACGAUUCCAGAUGGAUGGACCAUGUCCGUAAUAUUGAUACUGCACCUUUGGACUAUGUUCCACAAGCAUUCAAUCUUUUUGCGCUUCCUUACCCUCGUCCUGUCUGUCUUGCAGCCUGUGCGAGAGAGACUUGAUGAUGUACUAGAGACCCUCCAGCUUCAUCUUAACAACCAGAGUCAAUCCUCUGACGAGGGUCACAAGGAUACUUUCGAACCUGUUAAGGAUUUGAGGGGAACCCUCCAGAGAGAGGGAGGUCUCAGAGAUGUGUUUUGUCCUACAGAGAAACCAGGUCUGACAGACCGUGGGAAGCUCUCAAAAGUGCUGCCAAGGGUGCUCUGCAAGGAGCUUUAUGUUCUCUGGGCCAUCCUAGGCUGA